AUGGAUUUCUUCACUACCGUAUUCACAACUUCCCCCUCGUCGGAAGACAACACCAUCCUCUCGUCCCCGCCCGUCUCCGAGGAGUCAGGCGGUAGCGGCGGCAACUCUCCCUAUGCAAAUCACUUGACGACGUUUACGAAUUUCGCUUUUUCUGCCGGGGCACGAGAUGGGGGUUGGUUCUGUUUUCUCGUUUGUAUUCAUGCGAUCGGGAGGGCUUUAGACUUGAGGGCGCGGAGAUGGCGCCUACGAAUGGUAGUGAGGGGAGGAGAAGUGGACGGAGAGGUGACUUCGAUUGCAAUCAAUCCAUGGAAGCGAAGAAACGGUCGCUCCAGAAACAUAGUGGCGAUUAAAUUGCAAGGUGCUCAAGGCAUGCGUAACGGAUUAUCGCACAAGAUUACCCUCAGCCUCGACAACCGAAAAAAGGAGGGGACUUUCGGUUCAAUAGAAAAGAUGUUACUCGAAAGACUCAGCUUGCAUCUUCCCAUGCUCUACCUUCUCCGAUUUCGCCAUGCUCAGCGAGAACACGGCAGGGGCUACGACGAUGAGGAGGCAUGUACACGGAGAUCGAGCAUAUCAUGCUACAACAUCCCAGCGUACAUGCCGCCUGCUCCUCGCAAGUCCCGGGCAGCGAUCUCGUCCAUUGGUGAAGAAGCUUGUAACAGCGAUUUGACAUCGAGGAGACACAUACGUCCGGCAUUCACAAAGACGCAAGUAUGGAUCACGGUUGAUGACUAUGUAAAAGACAUUUCAAGACCUGAGGCUGUCUAUCACGUAGCUUUCGAGGGAGGAGAGUUCCGCUUUUAA